AUGAAGUUCCUGCUGCUUCCUGUAAUGCUGCUGUGUGUGUUGUGUGUAGCAGAGGUCACGACACAGGAUAACACACACGUGCUGAGGCUGUGUGGACGGGAGUUUGUCCGGGCUGUGGUGUACACCUGUGGAGGAUCCAGGUGGAGAAGGCUGACAGAGCUGGAAAAGACACUACCAAACAGCGGUGUUGAGCAAAGCUUCCAUCAGACUAGGGAUGUGGUGCCAGUGAUGGGGCGUCAUCAGCGGGAGCUAAACGAGGCCCUGACAAUAAUGUGCUGUCAACUAGGCUGCCGGAAGAGUGACCUCUCCAUGCUGUGCUAGAGGACAACUUUCAGAGGAGGCCUGAUGCUCUGCCUGAUCUUUCUUCUUGAAAUAAAAAGAAAUCAACAGCAAAUGAUUUUGACA